CAUCCACCCGCGCAAAAAGAAAGCGCUUAUCAGACCAGCGCACACUCUUAAAUAAUAAGACAUGCAAAUAAGAGCGCAAAGUCCGCUGCAGUGUGGACAGUGUGACGGCGGUGCGCGCGAGCAGUGCGCGUAACCGCUCCGCACCGGUUGGGCUGGAGCGGUGAUUGUGGAGAAGACCGGAGAGUUUUGGUAAACCCGCAUCGUGGAUGAGGAACGCAAGUGAGAAGGGCCUGCUACGCGACUCUGCCAUCGGACUAUGCCUUACCCAGCUCUGGAGGAGAGCAACAGGCAAAGCAUAGGGCGGGAAAGCGCAAGGCGACAAGGAGAGGGGAGCAGGCGGGCGUCUCGUGUGCGCUCCGGAGAUGGAGAUGACAAACCGCAGCCUGCACGGCGACUCCAAAGUCGACUGCGUGAGCUGCGAUGGCCUGAUCAACCGAAACCGUGGGGACUCCGCAGACGUGUCGGUGCCACUGACACUCCCCGGGAAACGGACAGCUCACAUGGAGGGAGACGACCUUUACAGACUCCGAGACAGAAAAUUAUUACUGGAAGAUAAAAAGCGUCUGUGCGCGUGGACUCUGGGCACCGCUGUCUUUGGGAUACUGCUCAUGAUAAUCCACGCAGAAAUAUGUCCCUAUGUUUACACCCCGGGCUCAAACAUUGCAUUGAUCAUCAACUGCUCCAUCAGCCUGUCAACUGGGUGUCUUCUGAUCCUCAUUAUAGCUUUCCAUUAUAAGGACAUCCAGCUGUUCAUCAUUGACCACAACCAGGUGGACUGGCGUAUCGCCAUGACCAGCCACAGGAUUAUUGUCAUCACCCUGGAGCUGUUAGUUUGUGUUAUCCAUCCUGUUGGAUCAUACUGGGGGGUGGGCCUCCAUGUGAACUCCUCUUCCACCGUUCCCACUCCAUCUCCACUGUGUGUUUCCAGCCACCAUGGCGAGACCCUGAUGGACAUGGAGCUGCUGUUAUCAGUGCUGAUGUUCCUCCGCUUGUACUUGGUGCACAGAGCCAUCUUGCUGCACAGCAAAGUGCUGCUGAGUGCCUCCUACAGGAGCAUAGGCUCACUCAACAAUAUCAACUUCACCUUUCGCUUUGUUCUCAAGGUACUGAUGAACAAACACCCAGCACGCAUGCUGCUAGUCUUCAUCCUGUUCUUCUGGCUCACUGUGUCCUGGAUGCUUACACUGUGUGAGAGGCAGACCAAAGAAUCAACAGGCCAUAUGGAUACAGCGCUGUGGCUCAUAGCCAUCACCUUCCUCACAGUUGGCUAUGGGGAUGUGGCACCCAAAACCAACUGUGGCAAGGCAGUGUGUCUCUUCACUGGAGUCAUGCUGAAAAGUGGAAAACAGGGUGUUGCCUGCACCGCCAUGCUGGUUGCAAUCGUUACAGAGAAGCUGGCGCUGAACAAAGGAGAGAAACAUGUGCACUUCUUCAUGAUGGAUAUCCAGAUUUCUAAAAGGAUCCGCCAUGCUGCUGCUAAUGUGCUAAGAGAAUGCUGGCUUCUUCAUCGUGCAAACGUGACAAAGGGCAACCGCGGUGAGCACAGAAAACACCAGAGAUGCCUUCUGGAAGCCAUCAGAGUAUUUCGGCAUUUACGCCUUAAACAAAGAAAACUAAGAGAUUACGUCAGUGAGAUGGUGGAUCUCCCAAAGAUGCAGAUGAUUAUGUGCGACCUCAGUGCCAACUGGAAUAACUCCUAUCGGGAGCUGGAGCAGCGAAUCCUCUCCAUGGAGCAGAAGCUGGACGAGCUGAGUCGCUGCUUCCAACAAACGUCUGAUCUGCUGUCUCAGGUUGUACGUCACCGCAACCCAGAGAUCAGGUGACACGACUGCACGCAGUUGUUAAAAACAGUCCGUAGUGUUUUCAUCUGAAGUAUCCACGAAUCCUCUCCAACCAGAGCUGCUUUAGACUCUUAACAUGCUGAACCACUUGGAGGACUGGCAUACUCACUAAAGAUCAUCUUUUGGCCCCAUUCUGAGUGUACUGCACAGUGACUCACUGCUGUUAAAUUAUACAGAUAAAAUAAGACCUAAAUUCACUGCUGGGAAAUCCGAGUGCAUUUUCAGGAAAUCUGCUGGGUUUUCAAGCAAAAGGAUUGGUGACAGAGCCCAAGAACUAACCUGAUCUCAGUCAAGGACUGUGGAGGAUCCUUUAAUCUGCAAUAACAACAGAUCUGUAAACUUCUAUUUUCAAGAUAUUAUUGAUGCUCUACAUUCCUAGCUUAUUCCUGUGGAAUAAGCCAUUUUGCAUGUUUUAAUUUUUGCAGUAUUUCAGUGUUAAUCCAACCAUUUUCCAUCAUCUGAGACACACGGUGUCUCAAUAAUUCAUCACUGUUGUGCUCUCCUGUAGCCGUUUAAGUAAAUCUUGAAUGAAAAUGUGUUUAACGGUAAUAGACUUUGGUGAGUGAAGAGAAUGAAGUGAAUGUCAAAUUAAACUUGAUGAAAAGAAAGUUUUAUUGCAAACUCUAAGUCGAAGGGACCCCAUGACUAUUAACUGAAACUUGCAGACUUGCGUCGGCCACAGUUUGACGGAAGAAAAAAAAAAAAAAAA